GUUCCUAUACAAAUGAUUACUUUGAAGCCUUUAGUUGCGAUUUGUUCAGGUAUUCUGGAUAUCAAGUCAGAACCCUUUACAGAUAUAUCAGGGUCAGUUUGUGAUAUUUUUAAAGAACCAUUUCAAAAACAUAAGUUAGAACAAAAUCAUGAUAUAAUGAAAGCCU